GCCGCGGCCGCAGCCCAGCUCUGGGGUCUAGAACUGAUGGAACUCGCCAUAACCCCAAAACAACCGUCCUUCCGCGUGCGCGCGCGCGUUCCCGGUUGUCUUGGGAACCAGUUAGCUUCUGCAUGUGAUUCGGGCUAGCGGCCUGCGGGAGAACUUGCUGUCCGAGGGAAAGCUGAGGCAGCAGCUGCAGCAAUGCCUCGUGGCUUAGGCGGUGGCCGCGGCAACGGAGGUGGAGGCUGGAGUUCCGAGAGACGGCGGUGUGUGACCGACUGUCUGAAGAGGCACCAGGACCAGGCCCUGAGCAGCCAUAUGUACCUACUGCGGGAGACUGGCCCCACGGGCUUCCUGAUGAGCGAGAACGAACCCGAUGGCUCCAACUAUCGAGUUUUCCUUGGAGAUCCUCACACAUGCAGCUGUUCCACAUUUGUGAAAGGAAAUGAUCUUUGUAAGCAUAUAUGUUGGAUAUUAUUGAAAAAAUUCAAGCUUCCAAGAAAUCAUGAAUAUGCUUUUCAAUUGGGUCUUGUGGAACGAGAAAUCAAUGAAUUAUUAGAGGGAUUACAUCGAGUUCAGAAUCCAAGGCCAGCUAAGGAACCACAUGUUGAAAAAGAUGGACACCUCAAACAGAAAGAAAUUUGUUCAGAAGAUAUCUGUUCCAUAUGUCAAGAAGAGCUGCUAGAAAAAAAGCUGCCAGUCACCUAUUGCAGGUAUGGUUGCGGUAAUAGUGUGCACAUAAAAUGUAUGAAAAUAUGGACUGAUCAUCAAGAUAAGUCAUCAAAAAAUUCUGUUGUCAAGUGCCCUCUGUGCAGAGAAGAGUUUGCACCUUUAAAACUUAUUUUAGAUGAAUUCAAAAACUCCAACAGACUUGUGACAGCUGCAGAGAAAGAAAAGCUUGACAAACACCUUGGGAUUCCAUGUAACAACUGCAGACAAUUUCCAAUUGAGGGAACUUGUUAUAAGUGCACUGAAUGUACUGAAUAUCACCUAUGCCAUGAAUGUUUUGUUAGUUGUUUCCAUCCUCCACAUAUUUUUACUUUUCGGCAGAAGAGAAAUCAAAGAUGGAAAUCACUAGAAAAUAAUCCAGAAUUAUGUCCUGCAGAGAAAAUCAUAAAAAAUACAGAAUUUACAAAUCAGACUGAAGAAGAGAUGACACACCUUGAAAAAAGUGACAGUUGCACACCAAAGCAUGUAGUAACAUCACUUCCUCUCAUAUUAAUUACAAAAUAUAGUAAGCUGCUUGCUCCAGGUAACCAGUGUCGACUUUGUUUGAAGCCAUUUUGUCUUGGUCAGCAUACAAGACUAUUGUCAUGUAAUCACAAGUUUCAUAGGAAAUGCAUUGAUGAUUGGUUACUAAACAUAAGUAAUUCAUGCCCUAUUGAUGGCCAAACUGUCUAUAACCCUUUAAUAUGGAAAAAUCCACUGAUUAAUGGACAUAUACAAAAGCCAUUACCACAUAAAACUGCCACUCAUCUGUCAAAGCAGGUAUAUCCAGAACUUUUUAUACCUGGCACUGGAUUACUCUUUAAAGAGAGCAGACUUGACCACUUACCUGAAAGAUCUAAAGCUAAUUUAGAAAAACUCAAUAAUCAUCAAGAUUCAGGUUUGAAUGAGAAUUUAACAGGAGAUAGUCUACACUCUUUGCAAUCAAGUGAUCCAAAUUCAAGUAAAUUAAUCUUUGAUUGUAAAAUAAAUCACCAUUUCCCUACCUAUCUUCAGGAUUCAUCCCUGAAUUCUUCAGAGAAGAUAUCUCAAAUUUUUCUUCCUUCCAUUACCAAUACUGGAAUUUAUGCUAAAUCUGGAGGUCCGCUUGUCAAUGGAAAGUUAUAUCACUCUGAACAAAAGCCAAAGAGGAAUAAAGAGUGCAUGGAUGAUCUUACGCUGAAGAAGAUACUUGCCACUAAAAUAAGAAUUGACAAUGAAAAUUCAAAUGGUACAUUUCCAGAGGUUUUUCAUCAUAUGGCAAACUGGAGUACAAUUAACCCAAGCUCAUCCAAAAGGGAGAAUAAUAUGGGAAAAAUAAGACGAAACCAUGGCCUCCUGUCAAGAAGACCUAUAUCAAAUGCUUUAAAUUCUAAAACUCAAGAGUUGUCUUUAAUAAUGGAAGGAGUUCCUUUUUACAAAAAUUAAUAUUGAAUAUUUUCUAGGAUUAAAAUAUAUUUGCAAAAAA